GCGGAAUCUAGAUCCAUCCAUGUCCGGAUUGGGAAAUGGAGAAGAGUCGGAGUCACGUUCAGGGACUCAAUAUGAAGAGAUCUGUGCCUGAGGACGCCAAGGAAAUAAAUUCGAUGUGGACGGUAGUCAAUUCAUCCCUUGGGGAUAUAAUUGUGCAGAGCGUGCUGGUAUCUUGCGGUGUAGGGUAGAAAGUCAAUGUCCCUUACGUCAAGCAUUUGUUUGUACCUUAGAGAUUUUUAAAUCUAAGGCCACGGGUUUCUCGCUACGAAAAUCUAUACACAUCUGGGGUAUAUGCUUAGUAGUCCCUGAAAGGAUCUUAGUCGAAGAAUGAUUAUUGGUCGAUGCUGAAGUUAGAGCGAUAAUCUGCGACUAUACCCAAGAGAGGUGUCCCCAAGCUGUCACUAACUACUAGUAGUACUAGUCGUACCAGCUCAAGUCACCCCAGGACUACACGGAAAUCUCCAUUACUGAAAUGAUAGAACGGACUCACCGAGAAAGCUUGUGGUGACUUUUUGGAGUGGGGAUAGAGAGCUAUAUAAGCAAAGGUUCUGGAGUACUUCGGUUCAUUCUCUGGAAACAGCGACACUGGAAUGAGAAGAAAGACGUUGUUUCAACUGGCUGACCGACAAAUGAAGUCAAGAACGCAGCUCAAAGAUCCUUGGAACCGAUAUGCUUGUCCAACUGCACCCAGAAAAUCAUUCAAAGCGGGCAAGAGGCGGUGUUCGAGGCCCAAGCCGUAUCACGCAUAUGACAACUCACCCCGAGUAUCGAUCAGAUAUCGCAUCGUUGGGCAAGGCAAUCAGCCCUCCACUAGCCACGUUUGCAACGCUCAGAAGGAUCGCAGUGCUGGCUACAACACAAUGGUUUCUAAAUAUACAGAAGACACCGCUCAUCAGGUUCGAUCAACUUCGGAAAAGGUAGCCGGUUCAUGAAUUAUGUGCGAGAAUAAUCACAUCUGGUUCUACCUGAUGCAUACCAACUAAGCAGCAAAUCUGCCAUUUUGCUGGUGGAUGCGCAAUAUAAUUAUGAAUCCUGCCCGUGUAGUUGAUUGGGAAUCACCCUCCUGUAAUGUUGGCUCAGAGACCAACAUUGCUUGCAGCUACGGUGCGGACCGCUAGAUCCUAUCCAGUAAGUAGCGCGUUGCUCGUCUAGAGCCGCUCAGAGCUGCAACCAAGCCCAUUUGCACCUAAGGAGGUUUGAUAUUUCACAGUUGUGACUUGUCUAUCAUGGCCGUAAGUGAUCCACAUGGUGUUUCCCAAAUCUUUUUCUUUCUUUUUGUUUUCUGUUUAUAUGUGAUUUUUCUUUCUUUGAUGGUGGUUUUCCUUGUCGGCUUAUUUCUUUUAGAAGGGCCGAGAUGGUCUAUUCAAAUUGAAAGGAACCGCGGUAAAGGUACCGUAAUUCUUACGUAGCGG